AUGUCCACCACGACGGUGCUUGAUGUUGAUGAGGACGACGAGUCCGUGGACCAGAAGGAGUACAUGAGCAUAAUUGGCUCCCUCCUAUACUUGACUGCGACAAGGCCAGAUAUACACUUUGAAUACGGCGUCCAGGGAUCCUUCGCAUACCAUUUUCUUUUCCCCUGCAGUACCAUGCCCAGGGCUCCUUCCUAUGGCGUCCGCCGUCGCAAUCGUACGCUAAAGAGAAAUGCAGCUCACCAAAAAGGGCUAAGUUGUUUGCAAAAGGCAACUACAGUCUUUCGUAUGCUAACUUAUGGAGUACCAGUAGAUGCUACGGAUGAGUACGUACGUAUUGGAGAGAGCACAACUCUUAAAAGUCUGAGAAGGUUUGUUAAAGUUGUUAUUGACGUUUUUGAAGAUGAGUAUUUGAGGACACCCAAUGAUAAUGAUACAGCUCGGUUACUUGCACUUGGGGAAGAAAGAGGUUUUCCUGGUAUGCUCGGGUCACUUGACUGCAUGCAUUGGAGGUGGAAGAAUUGUCUGUCAGCUUACCAAGGACAAUACUCUGGUCAUUAUCAUACACCUACAAUAAUUUUAGAGGCGGUGGCUUCGCAUGAUCUAUGGAUUUGGCAUGCUUUUUUUGGUUUACCUGGUUCUCUUAAUGAUAUCAAUGUUCUUCACCGAUCUCCACUAUUUGCAAAGCUAUCAAAUGGAGAAGCUCCACAAGUGAACUACAACAUAAAUGGCCAUAACUAUUCAAUGGGAUACUAUCUUGCAGAUGGCAUAUAUCCAUCUUGGGCUACAUUGGUUAAGACCAUUCUAGAACCAUGA